ACAGAGGGCACAAAGUUCACUGCAACAGAUAUAGCUGCGGUGGUAGGUUUUUUUUCUGUUUUUAUGACCACAGUGUCUUCUCUCAGUCAUCCUUGGGGCAAUCAUUGCUAUAAAACAAUCCCCCUUGCUGUGUUUCUGUUGCCUCCUGACCUCAUCACACCCAUCUCACGGACGUUGUAAACAAACUCAAAGAAACCACAUACGGUUUGAUCAGCAGAUCGCUUCUGCUUGUCCAUUAUCCACUGACCAAAGUGACCGCUUUAGCCCUUGCGCGCAUACCAAGAACACAAGAAGCCGUAACUGUGGCCACCUCAGAAAUAUCCAUCGUCUUCACCAUGAACUUGUAAAAGUUGGUUUUCUUGGUGAGGCUGUUGGAUGAGUUGUGUAAGUGUCCUCACAUGGCAGGAUGAGCGGCACAAAAUGCUGACAUAGAUUUCCUGUCAGGAUAUAGUCACAUGGGGGGAGUUGUAACUUUUUUACACUUCAUAAACUUGUAGCGGAAUUAGAGGAAGGUUGGACAACAGAGAGGUAGGAACAUUUUACUGUGUUUAGCUUUGAUUUAAGCAUAUAUCAGUGACUUUUGAAAGAACUCCUUUUUCUUCUGCUUGAACUGCAUCCCAUUAUUCAACAUCAAUACUUUUUUUGCAAUGGCUUUUAGUGCCUUCAGACAAGCUCACAUAUAUGAAAAACGAGCAGUCUCGAAAGAGGACAAAUCCUGCAUCCAGUGCCUUGAGUGCUAUGACCAAAAUGUUUACAUAGGGACUAAAGAUGCAACAGUCCAACACCUCAUUCUGACAAGCAGCACAAAUGGAGACAAGAGCCCUGGCCCGACCAAAAUCAGAGAAGGUAGGGCAAGAAAACUAGGCUCAAGCAACUCUGUAAAUCAACUGAGGGCAGUCCCACUUUUCAACCAUCUGCUGGUCCUGUGGGACCGGAGCGUUACUGCCCUCAACAUGUUUUCCUUAGAGCCUGUUCCUGCUCUGAAGAAGAUCCAGCAUGUGUCUUUGUUUGAGGUGUGCGACUCAUUGCUCGCAUCGCAGGGGACAUGUGUGCAGAUGGUGACGUCUUCCAGCCGCAGGAAAAUGCUCCGGAUCCAUGUGGUGGGAGUGGACAGGUGGGAGGUUGUAAAGGAAGUCUCUUUGCUCCAAGACCCUGUGGCCUUGGCGGUGGAUGGUGCAACUCUGUGUCUUGCCACCAGUGACAGGUACCUCCUCUGUGACAUUCAGACUGGGAGCUGUGAGGAGCUCUUUCCUCAUAAGCACAGCAGGCAGCAUGUUAUCGUUACUUCACUGGGAGAAGGAGAAUUCCUCCUGAAUGGGCCCGAAUUUUUGGGCAUGUUUGUGAUGAAGACGGGGAUAUGCCAGCGCCCUCCCCUGCAGUGGCCUCAGGAGGUGCUGGCAGCCGGGGCAUGUUUCCCUUACGUCCUAAGCCUGCAGCCCGAACUGUUGUCUGUUUACAGCAUGUUGGAUCAGCAACACAAACAGACUGUGAGUCUCACUGGAGCAAGGGGUCUGCUUUCAAUUUCAGAUGGUGUGUUAGUGUUCACAGAGAGAGACAUUUUCAGCCUGAGCCUGGUGCCAUUCGAAGAGCAGAUCCAGGCACUUGUAAGGCACCAAAGGGUUGAGGAGGCCUUAUUGCUGCUGGAAGGGGCUCAAAGCCGUCAUCCACUUGACUCAUACAAGGAGCUACAGAAGGCCAUCACUUGCCUGGCUGGAUUUGCUCAUUUUUACCAGGAGGGUUUUUCCCAAGCCAAAGAUCUAUUCAUUAAAGGUGAGCUGGACCCGAGAGAAAUCAUCCGCCUGUACCCAGAUAUGUGUCUCAGCGAGGACUUUCAAUCUCAUCUUGAUCAAAUAAACAAGGGCAGAGAUCUCCAGGUGCUCAAGAAGGAGGACAGAAACAAAUUUCAUCAUUACCUGGCCUUCCUGGGAGAUUUUCUCAGAGCAGUAAGGGGGACAGAGCGAGACCUGAAGUGCAGUAAGGAAGUGGACAGCACCCUCCUGAGGCUGUAUGUAGAAAUGAACGAUGGUGAAAAACUCCAACAGCUUGUUGCUUUUCCCAAUAAGUGCAGUCUGGACCUCUGUGUCCCUGUUCUGGAGCAACACCACAGAUUUUUUGCUUUAGGUUCCCUCUACGAAAGCCACGGGAUGCACACUGAUGCAGUAAAGACUUGGGUGAAGAUUACAGAUGGCUUGUGUAAAGAUUCUUCCUGCUCAGACAUAUAUGGACACAUAGUGGCGACUCUCAGUCAGCUCAGAGACAAAGACACCGUGUGGGCAUUUGCAGAUUGGACUUUACAAAGAAACCAAGAGACAGGUGUGCAGAUUUUCAUCAAGCGCCCACCAGAUGGUCAAUUUGAAACACAAGAUGUCCUCACAUUCUUGGAGACAUUUCCACUGGCGUUGAUUUUCUAUCUUGAGUACUUAAUCCAUGAUUUAAAUAGCGAGGAAGAGAGCCAUCACAACCGUCUGGCCCUGGCAUAUGUUACUCAGAUGCUGCAAAAGGAAGAUGAAAGAGUGAGGGUGACCAGAGGGAAGCUGCAGCAGCUGCUAUGGGAGUCCAAAUUCUAUAACAUCUCCACAGUGUAUGAUAGAUUAAAGUCAACAACCCUACACCCAGAGAAGGCCAUUCUCCUUGGUAGGUCUGGUGAACACUACCAAGCACUGCAGAUGCUUGUACACGAGGAGAAAGAUCUCCAGGCUGCAGAGGCCUACUGCUGCAAGGCUGCCCAGGACCAGGACUCACAAUUCAGGCAGGUCCUCCUGCUCACUCUUCUCCAAAUCUACCUGAGCUCCAAGGAUCUCACAGGUGCAGCUGUGGAUCUACUUCACAGCCAACCUCAGGUUUUUGCACUGGAGAAGGUACUCCAGCUCCUUCCUGAGUCCUGGUCUGUUCAACUGGUCUCUCAGUUUUUAGUCGUAUCCCUCAGGGAAACCUUCCACCAGAGGCAGAUGGUGAGACUGCAACAGGCUUUGGCCCAGGCGGAGCUCCUGAGGCACAAGGUCACUUGGAUGCAGGCCUCAAAAACAAAGUUCAGAGUGGACAAGGAGCAGAAAUGUAGAGUUUGCCAGGGAGACCUUACAGACCCACACUUUGCCCGUAACCUGCGAGGUGAGGUGGUGCACGUAAGCUGCAUGGGCUACUCUGCAUUAUAACAACAGACUCAGACUUUUUUUUUUUUUCUUACUGCACUUUUAAGAAUCUCAUUCAUUUUUUACAUUUCUGCUUCCAACCCGAUGAUUGAUCUGAUCAUAGAGCCAGACUCUACCAGAAUCAGAGUCAUGGACAACUUUGCUACUAAGAUUUUUAAAAAAUGUUUAAAUAAAGGGAUUCAAACUGGAAAAGAACAAGCGCUGCACUUUUUUGCAGGCAACCAUUUUUAGACAGAUUGUAGACAGCAAGAGCAAUAAAGUCAAUUGAGAAAAACCCUCAGGGGUGUAUAUUCACUGAUCAGACAGUGGUAUUUUACAUGGAAACCACCUGUGGUCACCCUGAUGACCAAAAGGAAUAUGGCGGUCCUCCACUGCUGUAUAUAUACAUCCCUGCCAUCAUGGUUUCCACUGUGUAUAUUUGUCUACACAGAGCUGGAAAUAGACAGUCAACAACCGAGAGGCUGCACGUGAGAGACUUUUUUUAUUCAGCACAAGCAUUAAUAUACGUUUAUUACACCCUGAAAUAGAAAUCACAAUUGCAGGUUUAAAACUGGAACGUAAACACUGUGGUCAAAGUUUUGAGUCACUUUAAUUUAAUAAACUAAUUUUACGAGCAAGCAAAUGACAUGUCUGCACCAUCUAUAGAAUAUUUUUUCCCCAGCAUCAUUCCUGUAUCAUUACAGAGCUUCCAAAAACUAACACACAAACUCCAGCGCGUCCACAUGUACACCAUGAAAAUCAUCUGAACACUUAAACAUAUAUCAUUAGAGUCAUAAGGUAUUUGUCUGUUUGUGCUGUAAUUUUGUCAUUAAGGCUAACCAUAGCAAUUUCUUUAUUCUGAUGCAUUUUGAGAUAAGAGCUCAGGAGACGCCUAAAGCAGCAGUAAUGUUAACUCGGGCAUGUGGUUGGACUGCGUAAGGUUUCAGCUGGAGCUGAGUGACUAAUUGUAGUGCAGAUAAAUAGGGGGAGUUGGGGGGGUUCGUUGUUCUCACUGCAGGUCUUAAAGUUCAUUUGAUGUUCCACAAUGUUGGUCUUAAGAAGCGUUUUGAGAGCGUAGCUAGGAUUAAGGGCUACACGAAUAAUACACUUGACUUAAGCUUUAACUUGAAAAUUGUCACCCUGGGUGGAUAUAUUUAACUUCAGGCUCUUAUAAAAAUGACGUGACUCACAAGACCCAAAAAACUGUAUUUUUAACUUCUUGCUUUCAUGUGGAUGCAGGAAAAUUGCCACAUCUCCUCCUUCAUAUCGGUUCCUUAUAAUUUUAACAAUCUAGGCAUUUAGUUUUAUAUCUUAAGCAAUCUUGGAUGGACAGCUGAAAGAUAUGAGUGCCCCCCCCCCCUUGAUUCUUACUUGUUCCUCUCAGCUUAUAUAGACAGACAGGGAGGGCUGCUUCCAUGUCAUUGGCUGAUCUUUGGGUUGUGCUGAUGACCAGUAACCACUGGGUGGACCUGGGCCCGUGAUUACGUCCACUUCUUUCCUUCUCACGGAUAUCCUCAGGGACCAUUAAUGCUGUUUUGAGCACUUGUGGUGAUGCUGUACCUCAAAAAAUGUUUUUCUCACUUUGAUUGUGUUGACCAAUAGCCAUAAGUAACCACAAGGUAAAAAUACGCAGGCACAAGUAUGAAUACGUCUUCUUCCACAUAAACUAAGGCUGCAGAAAGAACAUUCUGUGCAUUAAAAUGAGUUAAAUUAUUGUAAUAUUUGGUGCAAGCCUGGAUCAUCCAGGACGCCACUGAUGAUCAUUUUACAUAAAAGAGGAAUGGAUUGGAUGCAAACAUCAGCAGUUAUGGAGGAAAGAGCGGUAGGUAUCCAGACGUUGGUCUCCCAUUAUAAAUAUCCAUGUCACCACAAAGUCAGCACGAGAGACGAAAACAGGAACAUUUUCUGCUUUUGCUUUACUAAACUUAAGGAGGAAAACUGUCUGAUGUCUGGAUUUUUGCAUGUAGCUGUUUACAUUGUUUUGGACUUUUUCUCUCCAACACUGUUUUUAGCAUAUUAAAAAUAUACUUGACAUUGUUUUGUCCUCUUGCUAUAUGAGAAUCCUAUAUUAAGGUGACAAAAAAAAACCUUUAAAAGAUGUCUGUCAUCACACAAGAAGUUUGAGGUCACGUAAAAAAUGUAGCAUAUGACAUAAAUAUUGAUCAGAAAUGUUGAAACUGACAGUAAUUAAAGAGAUCGUUCUUCAUAAGCCAUUUAUGAAUUUCCGCAGACAUACACAGGCCCAUUUUCAGAAGUCGUCGCGCCGAAAACUGCUGAUUAAAGACGCAAUAAAUUCUGCUAGCGGAGCGUCUGGUGCACCAUCCUGUGUGAGUUUAAUCAUAGUCUCAAUGUACCUCAAAAGAAGGGGAAACUGCCAAAAGUUUUCACACAACAAUAUCAACCACUCUGCACACCAACACAAUUGUGCCAUAAUGGGUACCGUUUAAUGAAACUGCCAGUUAAGGACCUGUGAGGCAUCUCUGUCUCGACCUAGAGACUGAUUUACUUACCCGCUGUCUCAUUUGUGCAGCGGGGCCUCCCACUUUGUUCUUUUCUGGUAGGAGCCAAACUUUGCUGCUGUGUAACCUUGUAGGAGUAUGAAAUCCAUCGUCCUGAGGCAAUUUUUGCCAUUUCUUCCAUGAGUUUCAGAAUAAAGUACUUUUUGGGGGGCGUUUUGAUUAUCCACUAGGCUGAUGCUCCAGACACUCAACUAGCCAAACACAUGAUCAGUUUUAAGCUCUGCUAACAUGACUAGAAAAGAGUUUAGCCUUUUAUCAUGUUGAACUGCAUUGCAUGGCAUUGGAACAUAGGAGCAUUGUUUUCUGCAUUUAUCUCUGUAUGUCUUGAUAAAUCCUGAUCUAUAUAUUUGAUAAAUUCUGUAUUUGCUUCCUAGGAGUAAUAAUUUCUUUGAGUGAUCACGGUGGGGACUUAAAUAAAUGACAAUAAAAGUUUAAGCUGUUGUCUUAAUACUAAAUUAGUUACUUGUCCUGCCCUCACCCCGAACCAGUUAUGGCAGCUGGCUUUCCCACUCUGAGCCUGGCUCUGCUGGGGGUCUCUUCCUUUUAAGGGUUUUUUCCUUCCCACUGUUGCCCAGUGCUUGCUCAUAGGGGGUUCAUCUGAUUGUUGGGGAUUUCUCUGUAUUAUUGUAGGGUAUUUACCUUACACUAUAAAGCGCAUUGAAGCAACUGAGCCCUUCAUCAGAUUGGCCUCCUCUCUAGGGUGCACCCUGAAUCGCACCCUGUGAAUCAAAAUCUGAAUACUUUAUUAAUCCCUGAGGAAAUUAUGUGGUCACUGUUGCUCCAAGACAGUAAGAACAGUAACUAAACUAAAUUAAAUAAUACAAGAAAUAACACAACUAAAUAUAUAUGGAUGAAAUGGCAGCUGGGACAGGUUAAUCCCCACAUGAUAAGGAUAAGCGGAAUAAAAUAGAUUGAUUGAUGGAAACAACUGUUGUUGUAAUUUCAUGCUAUAUAAAUAAAGUUGAAGUGAAGUGAA